AAACUCUAAACCUGUUUAUUACACUUUUUAUCUUGGAAUGGUAAGUAUCAGAUGUAUACUCGUUAAACUGCCCAAGGGAAAGACCACUCAAAUCAACAAAUGUUUCCAGAUGUGCAAUAGUUUUGGUCAAGUUUUCUUUACACCCCGCAAUAAAAAAAACCCUGUAAAAUGCCAAGGAAGUACAAACACGUGGUUGGAGGUGGCUACAAAAAGCACAAUCCAAAAACAAUCGAAAGAACAAUUUCUGACAUACAGAAUGGAUUAAGCCUUCGAAAGUCUGCUGAAAAACAUGGUUUGCAUUAUAGUGUUCUUUAUCGACACUUGAAAAGAGGCCCAAAUUUGAAGAAACAUGGUGGUCAGACAGCAUUAUCUCUUGAAGAAGAACAGCUGUUUGUUGAUAGGCUUAAGAUAUGUGGCAAAUGGGGUUAUCCCAUUGACACUACAACUCUACGACUCCUUGUAAAAGACUUUUUAGACCGGAGAGGGAAAGAAGUUAAGAGGUUUAAAGAUAACCUCCCCGGCCGUGACUUUGUAUAAUCAUUUAUAAAACGUCAUGGAACAACUGGCCGUGAGAAUGUGUCCGAAUAUUAAACGCUCGAGGGCUGGUGUAACGCCAGAAACAAUUAACCAUUAUUUUGAUGAACUGACAAAUGAAUUAAAGGAUGUGCCUUUAUCUAAUAUCGUUAACUACGAUGAGACGAAUCUAAGUGAUGACCCUGGUAAGCGAAAGGUCAUUAUACGUAGAGGGACAAAAUAUCCAGAAAGAGUCAUAAACUCAUCAAAGUCAUCUACGUCUGUGAUGUUUGCAGCCGCUGCUGAUGGCACUAUUUUACCACCUUACGUUGUGUAUAAGGCUAUGCACUUGUACCAAAGCUGGACAGAAGGUGGGCCAAAAAACGCCCGGUACAAUCAAACAAAGUCUGGCUGGUUCGAUUUCUUUUGCUUUGAAGAUUGGGUACUGACAGUUGCUCUUCCGUACCUGAAAAACAAAACGGGUCGAAAAAUUCUGAUUGGGGACAAUUUGUCUUCCCACUUAUCAAUGGAAUCUGUGAAGUUGUGUAAAGACAAUGAUAUCAGUUUUAUUUUUCUCCCAGCUAACUCCACCCAUCUCACACAACCUCUAGACGUAGCCUUUUUUCGCCCAUUGAAAUCAACAUGGCGGCAGAUUCUCGAAGAGUGGAAAAAGGGCCCAGGAAGAGCAGAAGCAACUGUUCCUAAGGACAAAUUUCCCGCGUUAUUGAAAAAGUUGUGUGCUUCAUUGAAGGAAGAAAAUGUGAUCAGCGGUUUUAAGAAGUGCGGUAUAGCGCCUCUAAACGGAACAAAGUGCUGUCUAUGCUUCCAAAAAUCAUUAAUGAUGAGGAAAAUCAGAAUUCAGAAAACAUUCAAAAGAACACUGAAGCUGUUGACAGGAGUUUCCAAGAGCUCCUUCAGAGUCUGCGUCAUGAUCAGACUCCUAAGAUAAGGCAAAAAAGGACCAAAGUAAAUGUGAAACCUAGCAAAAGUAUUGGUGUUGAGGACUUCGUCGUGGACGAUGAGAUUCCCCAAACUUCACGUUCUACUGGCCAAAACCCAAGUACCUCAGGUACUAAACGGUUCAGCCAAAGAAAAGCCGAAAGCGUGUGGAGAUAUAAUCAGAAGAUGAAGAGGACUAUUCCAAUUUGUUUUCUUACCGUAGGGCACAUUAUAUGUAACUUCUUUUGUUUAUGUACUCAAAUAAAUCAUUAUGUUGAGAAAUAAAUUUAUUUGUAUUCAUUUAUUGACCAAAAAUCCAUAUUUGUCUGUUUCAAUUCACCCUAAAUUUUUUUCAAUAGAAAAACACAUGAAA